AUGCGGUGCUUCCGCUGCCUCGAAGUGGGCCACGGGGCGGCCGGCUGUAAAGGGCCGGACAGGAGUGGCCGCUGCCAUAGGUGCGGCGACCGCUCCCACCAGUCGCGGCUGUGCCCGGCGGGGACGCCCAAGUGUCCGCUGUGCGCGGACGUUGGGGUUCCCGACGGUCACUCGCUGGGGGCGGCCACUUGCGUGCCUAGCGCAAAGGUCGCCCACCGGCGUAAAGCCGCGUUGGCCAAAAAGGCCACCGGGAAGGGGAAGGGCCCGGGCACGCAACCCUCGACGAGCGAGGGUGCGGCCCCGGCUGCUUCCGGCGGAGGGACACACCAAGAAGAAGAGGAACUUACCGGCCCAGUGGUUUCGGAGCCACAGGGCCCGGCGGGUGUGGGGGGUAUCGUCCCGGCCCCUCCCUCGUCGUCAUCCGACGUCGGGCUUCCAUCGGAGUUUCCAGAGAGCUCCGGUGGAGAUGUGGCUAUCUCUGUUUUAGCCAAGGGUCUGCGGAAGACCGUUCCAGGCCUUGGUAAGGGGGGGAGUAAAGACCCCGUGCGCAGGAGCACGAGGCAGGAUCCGGGAGCGCAGGCUAGUCCAGCGCCGGCGACCCCGGGUCCUUCGACGGCGAGGGCAGAGGACGAGGAGGCUUGCUUCAAGCGUCCUGGUCCACUGUCCUCCAAGAGGAAGAGGGUGGGGCCCACGGCGCCGAAAGCCGUGGCCUCCACCGACGACGAGGAUACGUCGUCCGACGUGGGCUCGGGGACCGACAAUGAAAUGUCGCUCUCCGAGUACUCGUCGGAUACGGCGUAUACCUUGAGGCACGGGGGGGACGCGCGACCGAAGCGCGGACGCGGACGCCCCGCGACAACCGGCGAGUGGGUCGGUGUCGAGGGGGUCCGCAAGGAGAUGGAGCUCCUGAAGAAGGAGCUGGAGCGCGUGAAGGAGGAGCGGGAUAUCCUCGGGGCCAGGUUCGAAGUUGACUUCGGACCGACCGCGGGGGGACUCCCCUCCUCCUACGACGUGAUGAGGGAGCUCGACAACGAGACCGUCGACUCCCUCAUCAAUGUCGUCAUGGAAGAGAUGGAGGCGGUGGAGCGCGUCGCUGAGCGCUCGAAGUCCCUGAAGGGUACCCUGAGGGGAGCGCUUCGGGCUGCGACGCGGCGGGCUCUGGCCGCCUCCAAGCUCUUGUUCACCCGCGCGAACAUCAGCGCGGGUGAACAAACGGAGAGAGGGGCCCUCGAGCGGACCCGUCGCGACCUUGAGGCCGCGAAGGGUCUGUUCGAGGAGGCCCAGAGGAAGGUGGAGAGGCUGGAGAGGGAGGUUGAGGUCCUCAAGGCGAAGGAGACCCUUCGGGCCACCAGAGCCGAGAGGACCUUGCCCUCCCCGUGCCCCACCCCCCCAGGGGCGGAGUGCGGCAUCGAGGCGAUGGAGACGGAGAUGGAGGGACCUCCCGUGUUGAGGGAUGACCCUCCACCUCCGGUCUCCGUUCGGGAGGAGCCCCUCGGGGACCCGGCCGCUCUCAAGACCUUUUGGUCGAGAGAAUCGUGGCUCGGGUCGUCGAGGUGCUCCGACCCCGAACAGAGGAGACGGCCCGGCCCACCGAGCCUCCAAGGCCCCCUCCCGCAGAAGGGAGGGAGUUGUGGAGCAAGGUGGUGGGCAGGAAGGCCCGCAAGACCCGCGGAGAGGCGGGUACUUCUUCCCAGAAGACUGCUCCCCCCCUGCCCUAGUGGCAAAGGGGGGAGCAGUGGGAAGAAGAAGAAGAAGGGCCCGAAGAAGGGCGCUGAGGGGGCACCUGCUGGAAAGGUGCCCCCCCAGAAGAAGAAGGGCAAGGCCUCCGCCAGGGUCAUCCGAGAGCCGAAGACGGCGGCGGUCCUUCUGACCGUCACCCCUGAGGCGGGGAUGACCAUGGGGGAGGCCUUGAAGUUGAUCGCCCCCGCAAGGGAGAUCAUACGGGGGAGCGGGACACUCGCGGUCCUGAAGAAGUCCCAGGCUGGGGGCACUCUGUUCCAGUUAACUGGAACGGAGGGCCCCCGCCUGGCAGGGGAGCUUCUCGCGAAGAUGCGAGAACUCCUGGGGGGGAGGCCGGGAGUCAGGGUCACCCGGCCCCAGAAGCGCGCAGAGUUGCGCCUUCAGGGGCUGGAUGACUCUGUCACCCGGCAAGAGGUGGUUGAGGCCGUCACGGGGUUGACGGACUGCUGCGCGGAGGACCUGUCCGUGGGAGAAAUCCGAUUUCUCCCGGGUCGGAUGGGCUCCGUGUGGCUGCGUUGCCCCGUGCCGGUCUACAACAAGGUCGUCGAGGCGGGGAAGCUCUGCAUCGGGUGGGGCGUGGUGGUUGUCAAACCACUCCCGGCCCGCCGGAUGCGGUGCUUCCGCUGCCUCGAAGUGGGCCACGGGGCGGCCGGCUGUAAAGGGCCGGACAGGAGUGGCCGCUGCCAUAGGUGCGGCGACCGCUCCCACCAGUCGCGGCUGUGCCCGGCGGGGACGCCCAAGUGUCCGCUGUGCGCGGACGUUGGGGUUCCCGACGGUCACUCGCUGGGGGCGGCCACUUGCGUGCCUAGCGCAAGGGUCGCCCACCGGCGUAAAGCCGCGUUGGCCAAAAAGGCCACCGAGAAGGGGAAGGGCCCGGGCACGCAACCCUCGACGAGUGAGGGUGCGGCCCCGGCGCUUCCGGCGGAGGGAGUAAGGGGGCCCGCGUAG